AUGGCCACAGUUGGGCCUAGCCCUUUCCCAGCGCAGCGCAAACAUGGUUCCGUGGGUGAUCCAGGUCAGCUGCAAAGAAGAUUCUACUGCCGGUUCUUGGCUGGUCUCAUCCCAAUGCUUAGCUCGGUGGUAGCGACAAAAAAAGCACUUGCUCCUUACUAUGGUUGGUACGGGACAGUGCGAGAGGUAUACAACAUCAAUUCAGACCAAGCAAGCCACGUAUAUGCGGCCAUCAAGUACGACUACGGCAUUCGCCGUGAGAGCUUGUUUGCGUACCUUCUGCCAUGGUUGUAUAAGGCCACGAAUGGGUUGCAUAGCCAAAGUCGACAAUAUGUCACGGUAGCGACGCCGUCAAGCAGGCCAGGUGGCCGGCCCCCCAGUAUGGAUGAAGACACUUCGUGGCUACAUGCUCGACCACGCUUGAGUGCCCUCGGGCCAAGACUGUAUAUCGAACUAUAA